AUGGAUGACAAAAUAUGUAGAACGUUCAUUGCUUUAAAUAACUCGUUUUCCAAUAAGUUGGGCGCAAGUGGAGACUAUCAAUUUACUAUGAAUGAAGGAAUUUUUAGUAAUUAUUGUACUAAUAACAACUGUAGUAGUAAUCUCGACAAAAUUAAUGCUGGAUGUUUAUAUUUGUUUGAUGCAUUCUUUAAGGAUUCCUCUGUGUUUGCAUCUGUUGCAAAAAGUAACAUAAAUAUUGUUGAAUACAUUUUGAUAUGGUUAAGUUACAUGCUAAACCUAAAGGAACACGUAGGAGUCACCAAUCUACAAUAUUUUUAUAAUGUGUAUAUCCAGGGUGGUGAUAAGUACAAAAAUACUAUAACUGAUGUUGCAGAGUAUAAAAAUUAUAAGGAUCUUAUAGAUCAAAAAAAAUAUUUUUUGGGUAUGGAUAGUAAUAUUAUAUCUAAUUUUUAUGAAGUAUUUAAAUUAUUAUGUGAAAUGUAUACUAAUUUUGAUGAUACGAAAUUAUAUUGCUCAAUCUGUCCAGAAAAUGCUAAUAAAUUUGUUGAUAAAUAUAAAGAAAUGAAUAAAAAUUCUGACAUUACUAGUAAUAGUUCCUAUAAACAACUAUUGUCUACUUUAUCAAAUGAAUAUAAUAAUUUUAAAAAUUAUUGUACUAGUAAAGGUGGUAAUUGUAAGGAUAUUCCAUCUCUUCCAUCGAUAGAAACAGCAAAAAUUAUUGCAAAUUUACCUGAACAAACUGAAAAAACUUUUGAACCAACUAAACAAGCUUUUGAAUCAAUUGUAGAAACUUCUGAACCAACUGUAAAAAGUUAUGAACAAACUUCUGCACAAACAUCUGAAGUUAAAUCAAGUUCGUCGAUAGGAAACAAAUUAAUUCCAGUUUUAUCGAUAUUUGGUGCAAUAGCAUUUUUUUUAGGAAUUUCUUACAAGUAUUCGUUAUUUGGAUUUCGGAAACGAGUUCAAAAACAAUAUUUAAGAGAAAAACUAAAAAAAAGAAGAGAAUGA